UCUGCAGGUGCGCGCUCAGGUUACAGGUGAAGCGUCCGUCUGUUAACGUGAAUAACGAACAGGAAUAACUUUCUAUGCUUAAUUAGAACCAAACGGGCCGAACUUUUAACAACAGCAGUUACUAUUAUUAUCAUUUUGUGUGUGUGUGUGUGUGUGUGUGUGUGUGUGUGUGUUUUGUACGAACAAUUCAAAAUGUCUUUUUUUUUUCUUUUUUUUUUAAAACAGAUGUGACCGCAGCAGUAUUUAACAUCCCAAAUAGUUAAUUGGUUUGUCUGCAGGAAAAAAUGGGUGAUUUGUCAGAUAAAAAUCGCAUAGAGGAUUUAUUCAAAAAGGUGCAGGAGGUAAAAAGCCUGGUAGAGAGAAUGUCCUGUAUUACAGAAGACAUGGAGAAAAUCCACACUGUCAUCCUGUCCACACCAAACCAAGAGAAGAGAAACAAUGAGCUGGAGACGCUGGACAGCGAAGCAAAAAAGACUGCAAAUGUGAUCAGAGACAAACUAGAAGACAUGCAGAAGAGUUUUCCAGCGGACGAGGACAGCAGCAGUGUUUCAGUGAUCCAUCGUAUUCAGAAGAACCAGCACUCACACCUGACUCGGUGGUUUGGAGAAGUUAUGAAGUGCUACCAUAACAGUCAAAUCUCCUUCAGAGAGAAAUGCAAAGCACAAAUUCAGAAGCAGUUGGAGAUCGUAAAUCAAAAGCCAACAGAUGAAGAAUUGGAAGAAAUGCUGCACUGUGACAAUCCUGCCAUCUUCACAUCUGAUAUCUGCCCAAACAGUCGGAUUACAGAGGCAGCUCUGAGUCAGAUUGAAUCUCGUCACCAGGACAUCAUUCGCCUCGAGUCCACCAUCAAGGAGCUGCACGAGCUCUUUGUCGACAUGGCUAUGGUGCUGGAGCUUCAGGGGGAGCUGAUGAACAACAUUGAAAAGAACGUGAGCAGCGCUGCAGAAUUUGUGGACGAGUCCAAAGACGAAACCGAAAAAGCGAUUCUGUACAAGAAACAGCGGUACAGGAUAGCAACUUUGCCAAAAUUCUUCAAACCGCUCAGGAGGCGCAGCUCCGCUAAAGAAGCAUCCGAUCGAAACCACUCAGAUUUCUAUCAUGAUUAAUGAUCCCUCCUUUAGACUGUUGAGCAAAAAUAUUAAUAAUGGAUUGAAACAUUUAUUUUUUACAGAUUUCAGACAUAACUUCUGUAACUGCAUUACAAUAAUUACAUUUUUAUUAAUUUAUUUAUUUUUAUGUUAAAAGCAAUUUCCUCUGAUUGGUCUAUUAAUCCACUCGUACUGUUAAACUGUUAAUGACCACUAGGUGGCGCGAAAACGCCACAUAACGUUUGUUCAUGUUUUGUUGCUUUGUGCUCAUUAAAAAGUCUGAAAUCA